AUGAUAAAUCUGCGCACAUGCUGGCCAAUCAUUCGUCGAUUUUAUAUUAAACCAGUUUCUGCAACGGAGCCAAUGGGUUGGAGCUAUGAAAGUACGAAAAAGUGGACAAAACCACCAUCACGAAAUAGGAGUAAGGAUAUAGAAAGAUUAAGGAAGUUUUGUACUAUUUUGAAGGUUGAGGAGUAUGGUUUAACUAUUGGGAACUUUGAAGAAUUGGAAAAGUGCCUCUAUGUUAAUAAAAACCUUUAUGUAAUGUCGAAAGGAAAUAAAAUAUCAAUAACAGAGCUGGAUUCUAUUGGUAGUUUUGUACUCUAUUCCCAAAUUUCUCAAUGGAUUGACAAACUCACUGAACUAUUAAGAAAGAAUACGUCUGUUAUACCACAACACAUUAAAGAGAAGAAGGGGCUUCAUCCUCUUGUGAGGAAGUUCCUACGACAAAAAAACCUGCUUAAUAUUGCGAGGAUAUCAACUCCAGACAGUAAGGUAUCGAACAAGGUACGACUGAUCCACGAUCAUCAUACUUUUUAUGCUAUUAUUGGGUAUCUGAAUCUAAAUAAUGGACAGGAAGCUAUGACUAGGUUUUUGGACGAGAACAUUAUUAAACCUAUUCUCAGAGAUGUCGUUAAGAUGUAA